AGUGAGUCAAAAAGCAAUUCACUUUAUACUCCCAAGUUUGUAUUUCUUUACUUCAGAAAAGUCCCUCAUUGCUUACACACAUCUCCUUAAACCCCACUACGUACAAUACCAGCAGCAUAACGUACAAGCUAGAGAAACAUGGAAGCGAAGAUUGGAAAAUUCAUCGAAUCGGUCGGAAAUUUCUUCUGCGGCGGAGAUCAGAUUCCCUGGUGCGAUUCCGAUAUUGUCACUGGUUGUGAACGUGAAGUUGCUGAGGCAGAAAAAGGAUCCUCUGAUGAACUCAAAAGUGAAUGCAUCAUGCGUCUGUCAUGGGCUCUUGUCCACUCAAAACGGCCAGAAGAUGUGCAACGUGGAAUAGCAAUGCUUGAAGCUUCUCUGGGUGGCAGUAACAGUCCCCUGCAAAUGAGGGAAAAGAUUUAUCUUCUGGCCGUUGGCUACUACAGAAGCGGGGACUAUGCAAGAAGUAGGCAGCUUGUUGACCGUUGUUUGGAGAUUGCACCGGAUUGGAGACAGGCUUUGACCCUCAGGCAAACUAUUGAAGACAAAAUCACAAAAGAUGGAGUUAUUGGCAUUGGCAUUGCUGCUACUGCUGUUACUGCAGUUGGUAUCCUGGCUGGUGGAAUUGUAGCUGCUUUGUCCCGCAAGAAAUGACCCAUCGGUACCACUAACCAGCAUAACGGACUCCCCCGCUCUGGUCUAUAUAUACAUCAGGGAUUUUGAUGCUUCCUUUCUUUAUAGAAACACUGACAGCUGCAACUAAAGCAAGGAUGUAGGUAGCUUUGUUUGAUGGUCUAGUUUAUUUGUAAUAAUGAUGACUUGUCUAUGUUCGUCUAAAUUCUAGCAGAAAUGAUCUAUGUUUGCUAUUUCUAUACAACAAGUUGGUUUCCUUCCUCCCUCUGA